GCCACUCGCUAGAUGAUGCUGCAGCCUGUUUUAUCAGAAAACUGGCCGGACAGCGUCUUGCAGGAAAACCAACGCAGGGCGUGAAACGCGAUGCGAUCCGACAAUCCUCCCGUUGUUUUCUGGCCCUGUUAUUGUGAUAUGUAACUGCGCCGCAAGAUAUUUAUGUUCAACACAUGCACAUAUUCGUAAUAAGAAUGAACAGCACGGUUCAGUAACUAACGUCAUCAGAUCGGUUUUGGUAACAGCACUACUCUGCAUUAUCUGCUGCACCAUACGAUGUCCCUGUGUUGAGCCAAAGAAUGGAAACCCCUGCUCUCCCACUAUGGUUGUAGAUAACACCAUGCUGGAUAAACCCAGUGAUAAAGACAAACAGACUGAGCAUUGCUCAGACUGUGGAUGCAGUUACAGUUUACCACAGCCUGACCCUGACCCCGAUUCAACCAGCACUUCAUCCUCUCCUAAACAGCAGCGUGCACUCAAAGCAGAGAGUUCAUCCAAAUGCCCGUCCUGCCAGGAGGGCAGCAGCAGUCUCCCCAAUGGUCGAAGGCCACACCGGCGCAUCCGCCUCGACCCUCACAGCUGCAGCCUGUGCAAUAAAACCUUCAUCUCCUCCGCCCACCUGACCCUUCACCUGGCCUCUCACAACAAGGAGAGGAAGUUCAGAUGCACCACCUGUGGCAAGUACUUCCAUCAGUCCUCCCACCUGAUGGCACACAAGAUAAUUCACAGCGGGGACAGGCCAUUUAAAUGCCCAGAGUGUGGCAAGACCUUCGGCCGUGCCUCACAUCUGAAGACCCACCGCCGGCUCCACACAGGCGAGAAGCCCUUCAAGUGCACCUACUGCGAGAAGGCGUUCACCCAGAAGGCCGGGCUCCUGGCACACGUUCGUCUGCACACAGGGGAGCGACCGUACAAGUGUGAGCAGUGUGGUUUGGGCUUUCGCUCUUUGUCACUCCUGCUCUCUCACAAGGCUGAAGAGUCCUCUGGGCAGGUUAAACCAGUGCCUGCACCAGCACUAAACCAGGCCCAGAAACCACAGGGUAGCUCAGAGGAUCUGAAGUGCGGCGUCUGCUGCCGCACCUUUGUACGAUCAUCGUACAUCAGGCUGCACAUACGCCUCAAGAAAGGCCAGCGACCUUAUCACUGCAAAGUGUGCAACAAGACGUUUGUCAAGCUGGACACAUUUGUGAACCACUGUGAUAAACACUUGAGGCAGAAGAAGGAUAAAAGCAAGGAGGUUAAAGUCAAAGUUGUUAAACCUCCUCAGUUUGUUCCACUCUCCAGACCCCCUUCUCCUGAAUCUUUACCCACUCCGCCUCUAUCCUCAGAGGUCAACACCCGCUCCAGAUCAAAAGCAAAGAGUAAAACAGAGCAAUGACCUUGAACAAAACUGGUCUUUAGUUUAUAAAUGUUGUAACAGUUCUGCCAUAGCACAUAAUAAUGCAUGGAGGACAUAGUGUCAUGUUAAUGUCAUAAAGAAAAAACAAAAAACACCUGAAACAAAUUUUUUCAAAUUAUCAAAGGGACAGAGACCAUAUUUGUAGUUGAAUAACGCCCAAAACACUAUGCGAUUUAUAUCAAUAUGAUUUUACUAAUUGUACAGUUAUUUUAUUUAGAAUAAUUUAUUUUAUUGUGAACAACUGAUUUUCUUUGUAAAUACCAUGUUGUUUACUAUUGAGUAUUGCAGCUCAUAAGGGUAAUUAACAUUUGUUCCAGUAUAUCUCAGUGGUGUACUUUGGUCACUCUAAUAUUUUGAUAGAGAAAAAAUAAUAUCUUUAACCAUUCAUGGUCAGUUCUGUUUCUUAAAUCCAUACAAUCCUAUUAGCAUGUAUAGCAUUUGUACAAAUUACAAACAAUGCUAACUAAAUGGCAAUUGUGGAAUAAUAUGCACACAGAAUAAAAAUACACACAAAAAGAUA